CAACCUAGCAACAUAGUGGCGUUGAUAGUUACCACACUAAUGUAGACGCUGUGGAAUAUUAAUUAAAUUAUAAUGUAAAUAACAUGUUGUCUAUUUUAAUGUAUUAUUUUCUUUCAUUUCAAUAUUUAAAUAUCGUUAUCAAAUUUUCAUAAUAAUUGCGAAAGAAAGAAUAGCAAAAAAACUUUUAAGGGACGAAACUAAAAGCCUGUGGCCGUGGCGUGUGUGAUUUUGAACGAUCAGCGAUGGCAUGAUUCAAUGAAUUAACUAACAAUUAUUGAAUUAUUUAUUUUAAUUAUAAAUCAAUAAUAAUAAAACGUAACACAAUUUACACAUCCUUUCAGUUUCAGUAAUGUCAUAUCUGUUUCAAUUUAUAAGGAGCAGAGACAAUAAAAUGUGUUUGUUCUUAAGAAAAUAACAUUUUUUAAACCAAAAUAAAACACCUAGCCUUAUAAGUAUAAGCCUUAGCGAGCUCUUCUUACAGUACAGAACAGAUUUAUAAAAAUUAAACUUUAAAAAUGUUUUUUUAAAAAUUUCUUCUGUUAUGAUGUUAUCCCUUUUGCGGGAGAUUAUAAUAAUAAUGUAAAUAAUUUAAUCACGAUACUCAUGAAAAUCUUAGACUUCCUUUAAUUAUUAUAUUAUUAACAUCAUGAAAUUAUUAUAAUUAUAUAAUACUCAAUAAUUUUCUAGACUUUAAAAGCAACGGAAUGACUCAAAUUAAUCAAGGAUAUUGGCUAGCAGAAAGUAUUAAAAACAAGAGGUUUGAAGACCAAUAUGAUCUUGGAAAAGAACUUGGCAGGUAAGAGAAUUAAUGUUAUUUUAACCCACGAACUGUGGUCGGCCGAAAAAAUCGGCCGACUUUCUCGUUCUGUACUGUGGCGGCUGAAAAAGUUGGCCGAUAAAAAACACGGUCCGAUAGCAACCUCUAAUCCAACAUUUAACCGGAAUUAUAGCCACGUCCUUUUAUUAAUAAUUAAAUCAUCUUCCGGUUCAAGCUGUUUCGUGAUAACUUGAAAAUAAAUAAUUUUUAAUCGGAGUUUUAUAUCGAUGUUUUUUUAAAGGCUAAAAUGAAUGAAGCCAUGGCUGGGCCUUCAGUGCAAGAACUAAUAGACAUAUAUUUGAAAGCUUUUUAGGAGAGGUUUUAAGUGAUACUGAUGAUGAUUUUAAUAUUCCCAUGACUAUAACGAUAUCAAUAUGAUAUAUCAUAUAUCAGUUGAGAUUAUUCUUCUCGUGAAUUUUUAGUCUUACUCUUUACUGUUACUGAAGUAGGCCUAACUAACUAAGGCUAAGGCUACUAUAACUAUAAGACUUCUGGCCAGGCCCGGAGGUUGGGCAAGGACUGACUGAAUUUUAGUCACAGAAGCUACAGAUUAUAGUUCAGAACUAAUAAAUUGUAUGUUAAACAAACCAAAUCAGUUCCUCAGCUCCUUUUAAAUGUUUACUUAUUACUAGUCAAAAAUAACUAAUUUGCCUGAGAUUUCGUAUUUUGUACUUGGUUUUAGUUUUAGCAGUGGUCCCAGUUUCUUAUAUAAAUGACCUAAAAUUGCUUUCAGAGGUUUAAUUGCAAUAAAAACCUCAGCAAACUAUACAUUUUCAGAAAGAUAAAUGAAUUGGCUACAACAUUUAGAUUUGUGGAGCACUUAAAAGCAAGACAUUUUGUUGAUUUUUUUUUUCUUGAAAAGGACAAGGAUAUUGAUCAAAAAAUUUUUUACGAGGGGGGGGUGGGGCAAAUGGUCAACUUUAUCCCCAUCCAUUUACCUUUCUAAAAAUACCGGUAUAUACUUAUAGGGGUCUUGUAUCAAUAUUUUCAUGUCAUUUAAUGCAAUUUCAAAUGGCACUCAAAACGCUCUGAAAAGCUCCAUACCACAGAAUGAUGCAUGCCACAGUUCGUGGGUUAAAAAAGUAAAUAAAAGAAUGUUUAAAGGCACAGUUGUACCUAAGGCUAAGGCAAGGGGCCAUCCAUAAAUCACAUCUUUCUAUUUUAGAUGAUUUUAACCCCUUCCCCUCCCCCUUUUCCUCAUUGUCAUAAAUUUUUAACACAAAAAGACACCUUUAUAAAAAAAAAAUUAUUCAUGGGCCUCCCUCCCCCUUAGAUGUGUCAUUUUGUUUAUGGACAAAUCAUUUAAUUAAACAGCAGAAAGCCUUCAUCAAAAGGUCAAGAAAGAAAAUUUAGAAUAAAGGCAUACAAAUUUUGGAAAUUUGAAUUUUGAAAUUAAGGGUUCAGUUUGAAUUUCAGACAGUUCACACAGUUUAAAUAAACUAGUCUACAAGUACCUAGAGUUUUAUUAAUCCAAUGCAAUAUGGCUAUAAAAUAGGUCUUAUUUUUUUAAAAUUAUUAUUUUGUUUUUGUCCAAAUUAACAGUUCAAAUUUUGAAAAACAUAACACGGGAGUGGUUAUUAAACUUUAUCAGGUAACACUAACACUACACCUAAUUGAUUGCAACAUUUUUUGGGCAUCCUUAAUCUGUUAAUAACUGAUAACUUUGUGCUCUACCAAAGUUCAUCUAGCCCCUUUGAAGGAAUACCUGGUAUAAAAAAAUAGUAGAGUCAAGGUAAUUAAUUUUAAAUAAUGGUAGCAAAAGUCAACGAGAAAACUAAUAAUUUCCAAUUAGAUUUUCCUCUUUUAAGGUCUGGAGUGCAUCCAUUGCAUUAAUUAUUGUUAUUUAUUGGUGAAUAAUUGUAUAUCAAAAUUAUGACCCUAGCCCUAACCUAUAUUUCUUUACCUUUUAUGGAAAAUAUUGCAAUCUAAGCUUUCAAUUUCAAGCAGUCUGAUCCUAUGAAAUAUUAUCCAUAUAUAACUUAAGAAUAGAACUUUUAAAUAGAAGACUAGACAUUUUAACUUUAUGUUUACCAGAGGUGCCACUGCUAUUGUAUACAAAUGUAAUGCCAAAGGAAUGGAUCAAGCAUGGGCAGUCAAGAAAAUGGAUAAACGGGUGAAUGAAUAAUUUGAUGAUUAAUAUUUUCAAAAUUCUAGUUUUACAUGUUCUUUUCUAAUUUUUUUAAUUAACCAUCAUGAUUAGUGUCUAAUGAAAUAUAUUCCAACAUAAUAUUACUUGCCUUAUGACAGUAUUAAAAAAGUGUUUUAUUUUUAAGUUAAGGUUAUGCAUGUUCAGAUUAUGCCAUAUCUAAAGCAAUAUACCGGUAACCAAUAACAGAUACUCAUCAGUUUAAAAAAAAAUUACCUUGAUCUAUAGUAUAUUUAAAGUCAGUUUGAAUUGAAAUAAAGGGUAGGGGUGUUGUUCACAAAGUAUAAAACUUGUUCACAACUUUAUAAAUAGGUUUUCUUUAAUAAUAAAAUUUCAUCAACCUGUUCUAUAUCUUGACAUGUUUUCUAAAUAAAAACAGGAAGCAUUGAAAUUAAAUUUGGCAAAGUUUUUAAAAUGAAGCAGAAGAAACAGAGAAUUAAACAAGCAUUUGGUGUGGAAAAAAUAUUUUCAAGUUCAAGUAAAAAUAAUUUUACUCUUGUAAAAAGUAAUUAUAUUUUUUUUAGGUUGAAAAUAAAACUAUUUUGACUGAGGUUGGGAUUCUUCUCAAACUUGACCACCCAAAUAUUGUGAGUAGAAAAUUACUUUGAAGAAAUAAAAUAUUAUUUUGUAUAUUGUAAUUGUAGAUUUCUAAAAGGGAUCUGACUAAACUUUCACGAAUAAAUACUUUAAAAAAUUUGAGUAAAUUAUAUAAGUUUAAGCCAUUGCACUGUUUUCAGUUCAAGUAUUAGUUCCUCCUACACUUUGCAAUGCAUUGGGCUACAGUCAGGGCCAGUAUUAGACUAUUUUGUGCCCCAGGCAAGGCAAGCUAUUUGUGGCCCCUUCAAAAAUAAAUAGUUAAUUAAAAAUUUCCAAUUUCAAAGCUUUUUCUCUAUAUAGUAGCUCCAGCCCUGACUACGGCUGGGCUGAUUUCCACAUUUCCCUUUUAUUUGCCAUCUAUAAAAGCUAAUUCCCUCAUUUAAUUAAAAAAAACCAUCUCUAAAAAUAUUUUGAGGCAUUCAUUGCUUCCUCUUUUAUUUUGGUGGCCCUCAGUGUAUAAGUAUAAGAUUUUAGCAAUGUGAUGCUGUGGUGAAUGUAUGGAACUGAUUCUUUAAGGAGCAACUGUACUUUCCUGGCUCUGUAUUCUGCUCCUUUUAUCUCACUGUUGCUUUAAAAUGUAUGAAAUAAUAAGUAAAAAGGAAUAAAAAUCUACAUUUCAGAUUUUAAAAAGAAUAUUGAUAAAGAAUUUACUUCUUUAAAUACGGUACCCGGUAUAUUUGUUUGUAAAGUUUAUAAUAAACAUACAAUUUUAACAUGUUAAACUUGGAUUAAACAUGACUUGUGCUUAACUGGAUAUAUAUUUUAAUUAUUGUUUUAUAGGUACGUAUGAAAGAAGUGUUUGAGUCUGAGGACUAUGUCUACAUUGUACUAGAGCUAGUAACUGGCUCAGAACUUUUUGAAAGGUACUGUUUAUAGUCAGAUGACCAUGAAAUUAAUUACCCCAUUUUUAAUGACAAUGUUUGAAUGAACUCUAGAACUACCUAGUUUUAUUUUAGUUUAAGUUGCUUAAUUCAAUGUUUUGCUGAGGAUGUAAGGCAGGAGUGGCCAACCCCAAAACUUUGCGGGUCACUUUGAUAGCAAUUAAACCAUUCAUGGCAGCAUAACAUUACACCUUAGAUUAAAAUAAACAUCCACUAAAUGCUGUUUAGGAAAUAAGUGAAACAAAGUAUGAGAAUACCCGAAAAAAUGAAUGCAAAAAAACAACAAACGUGUCUGCAGGAAGCCUUCAUCAGUGAACAAACUACAGUAAAAACAGAAUAAAAUAAAAAUAGCACUAAGCUGAAAAGUCUGAGAGGGCAGCAAAAGAAUUGUUAUUUGUUCACACAAUUGGAAGAAGUUCUUAACGGGGGGGGGUCUGGAGUUCAAUUACAGCAAAGACCAGUCGUGAAUGUGUUAUACUAACACGUAGUUCAGUUUGUUCUCGAGAAUGAAGCUGGGCAUUUUGUUUAACUUUUGUUUUGGCUUAAAAAAUGUUAAAACAUGAUAAGAAUUAUUAUCCAUCGAUAAUGUAACACAGCCCCCACGUGACUUGCCGACUGCUUAUAACUCUCAGGGUUAUACGCAGUCGGCUGCGCAUAACCACUUCGUUAAUUUUUAAAGUAAUGACAAACCCGGUGAAGCGACUUCUCUGCUUGCCCCCCCCCCCGGCUACUUUUCGGUUUUGUCCUUCCCUACCCAGCAUUAAAAGUUGAUAAUUAAAAUAUUUAAACCACAACUUUAAGCCCCUAAAAUAUAUGAGGCCAAAUGCAGCUGUACGGUUGACCUACGGUCAAAAGACACCUAAAAAUUUAACUAGCAUGUUUCCCGUUGCUCUCCAUUUAGGUGUAUAAUGAUGCAAAACUUGGUACAAAAAUGAAUUCUUGCAUUUUGAAUUUAUCAAAAAAUUUCCGGGGACUAAAAAGAUUUAAAUUGCGAGACUAAGAGAGGCAGUAUACUUUAGAAAAAAGCAUAUCCUUAAGGACCCUCAACUUGAUUGAAUUUAGUUCAUGCUGUGCUGGUGGAAGAGUUAGAGAUGUCCCUGUUAUUAUAGUUAUUUUUAUCGCUUCCCACCCAGAAGUCUAAAAUGUCUUCGUCAGUGGUGCUACAUCUCUUGUAGGCCCUUGCCUGCUCCACCACAUCAUUCCAUUCGGAUCGAUCACGCGCGAACCUCCAGCUGGCGUAGGUGCUUCUCUACAACGUCGAUCCAUCUUUAGUCUUGGUUGACCGGUGAGCCAUCUGCCCCUAGGUUUCUGCCUGUAGAUCGUGUUUCUGCUCUGCAAUCUGGCAUCCUUUUAACAUGCCCUGUCAAACGCAGUCUGCAUUUUUAAAAAUUGUUGCUUCUAUAGAUGGGUCUUUGUACAAUUGAUGUAGCCCUUGUUUUUUAUGGAUUCCCCAAACAAAAUUGUCUAUCACCGGGCCAUAUAUUUUCCUGAGAAUAUUCCUCCCCAUGUAUUGAGCAGGUUCUCUGCUUUUCUGGUAAGGACCAAGUCUCACUUGCGUAAGUUACUACUGAUCUAGUGAUAGUCGUGUAUAUUGCCUUCGUACUUUCUCUUGAGAGGUUUUGGCUUCCUAGCAGCUUUUUUAGGCUGAAAUAAGGAAGGUUGCCUGGUGUUAUCCAUUCUUUCAUCCCUGCCAUUAUCUCAUUGUUCUAAUUUAGUCACCCCGCGAUAUUUGAAGAAAAAAAAACGACUCUCAAAGAUGUGGUUGUUUAUAUUGAUUUUGUCAUCACUGUGCGUGUUUCGUGACAUUAUCAUAUAAGUUGUCUUCGCUUCAUGUAUUUCUAGAACAGCUUUGACCGCGGCUGUUAUAGAGAGCUUGUUUACAUAAUAUUUCUCGUGCGUGCCCUCUGGUUGACCCCGCAUGAGACGCUGUGUUCACAAAGGGGUGUGGCUUAGGUCUUUGAUGUAUUCUUGUUUACGCCGCCAACGAAUAAAAAUAAUUAAUCUGUUCCAAAUAGUAUUUGGUAGAAUGAUUGGGAUUUUUCUCGAAAUGUCAUGUAGCUUGUAGAAGGCAGGGCUUAGGCGUCGGUAGACCCACCUAUAUAAGGGAUUGACAGGCACGACGAGAGAGGGAGAUUUUCUUAUAGAUUCUCUUAACAUUUCGGGGCGUGUUUUAUUCUUUGUGUAUUUGUGUGCUCCUACUUAUAUGUGUUUAUUUCGCAUUAUUUAUUGGCAUCAUUAUUUCUAAUUGUAUUAACUGUGUACCGGUACGAGAUCUACCAUACUGUAAGUUGAAGAUUGUAAUUUUAUUUUAUUUUGUAAUUAUCUUAAGACAUAAUAAAUCUUAAUUAAUUGUAACUAGAAACUGUUUUGGGUCGUAUCCUUAAUAUUGUUGAUUCUAUGGUAUCGUCCUUUGUUAGGCACUGCUUACAACGAGCCAAUUAAAAUUAAAAUAGGAGAAUAAUUUCUCCCAAUACAAGUCAGUGCGUAACAGCGGCACUUUGAAGUUUCCUGAAUGCUUUAAAAUAUAGUUGGUGUAUGUUGAUGUUGUAUUCGUAGCAUUUCUUCAAGAGACAUCUAAUAGUAAAAUAUGAAAGUCUGAAAUGCCCCUUCACACAUUGUCUGAAAGAAACAAUAAAUUUAAAUAUGCAUCAAUAUGCAUCACUGCAUUUUGAUUUUAUUUAUAAAAAAUUAAGAUGACCCCGGUCCUCGCUUUUGUUAAAGACUCUCCGUUCGGAUUCCUCAAUUUCUGCUACCCCCUUCCUUGACGUCGUUCAAUGUGACUUAAUGGGGUUGAAUCUAAUCUGUGUCAAAUGAUUAUCUUGGACGCACCACAACCAGAAUGAAUUUAGUUUACAUAUGGCACUGGGCGCAAUAAUGCGCCCCCCCCCCCCCCCUCUGAAAAAUUCUUUCCCUUGAUCAAAUAGUCUUAUCAAAACAUUCAAAUAAUGUAAAACGUACCUCUUGAAUUUUAAAUAAUCACACAUUUUCUGGUUAGGUAUGAGCCAUCGGGAUGUUUGAUUUUUGCCCUAAAUGGCAGUAUUGCUUGCUUUCUUUAACAACAUUUUCAUUGAUUCUGCAUUAUAAAAUUUAAGUGUAAAAACUUUUUAACUUGUUGAUUAACAAGCUAAAGAUGCAAUAAAAAAUGUUCUUACAAUUUUGUGUUAUUAGAAUAGAUCAUCACAAAGUAAAAUGUAUUUAUAUAUUUAUUUAUUAUUUUUUAAUUUGGGGGGGGGGGGGGGGGGGGAGGGAAGGGGGGGUAUAAAAAUUUUGAAAAAUUAAUUGGGGGGGGGAAUUAGAGGGGGAAAAGGGGGGGGGGGGGGUGUCAAAAAUUACUUAAAAUUUGUUGAAGUAAUUUAAUUAAUGGACGACCCCUUAGAAAAAAUUUUCUUAUUCAGUGCUAUUCACUGCUAUACUAUAACAAAAUUCUUAAUAAAAACUUUAAAAAAGAGGUUUCUCAUUGUAAUUAGAUACUCUCAUCAACCAAAUUAAGGGUAAUUAAAGUAAUUUCAUUUUGUAAGGGCUAGUAAAAAUAUACAUUUUUCUAAAUUGUAAUUAUACAAAUGUUGCACACUAAUUAAUUAUUAUUUUUUAAAGUUUAAAAUAAAAAAUCUAGAACUAAAAAAAUGGGUGGUGGAAAUGUUACUGACAUAGUUAGAAAUUCAACUGCUGUGAUGAAUAGGGCCUACUUGUUAAAUAUUAAAAGUAAUUUGGAGCAUGGGACACAUUUCACAAAUAGAAGAAAAAUCUUUAUAUUUUCAAUGCAAUUUUAAAGAUAGCCUACAUAUUUAAAUUUAAUUCACAGAAUUGUUUCACAACAGUUUUACUCAGAAGAACAGGCAGCUACUGCAGUUAGAGAUAUAAUUACUGCUGUUGAAGUGAGUAUGAAGUUUUGAGUAACAAAGUUUACAAAAUAGACCUAUUGAUUGUCAAAAAAUCUAAAGAAUAACUAAAGAUUAUUUUUGGGGAGUUAAAUUUACAUCAAAAUAAACUUUUGCCCAUUUUUUCCACUCUCCCGUAGCUAUUCAUGGCAACACAGGUGACAGCUGCUGAAAAAUGAAGAUACUAUUUUAAAAAUACAACAAUUCACCUCUCUCCAUGCACCUGGAUAUCCCAUGGAAUUUCUCCGGGUUUUGAUUCAGAGUUGCCAUCCAAGGUUAAACAGGUCCCAUCCACCUGAGGUGCUGGUGAUGUUUUUGCUACUUGGGUUUUUGGCGGGCAUUGAACUCCAGAGCACAAGCUUGGGAUUGACUCAGUUUACACCACUUGACCACCCAUCACCUAUGCAAUCGUCUCUAAAACCAUUUAAAAAAUGCAUCCAUGCGGUCCUCGAAAAUAUUUGAACAAAUUGUACCGUACUAAGCAGCUUUUGCUAUGAUAUUUUGCUGAAUGUACAUACACCAAUUAUUAACCAAUCUUUUUCAGUCAACUCCUCAAUGUAGAACCAUCAUGGUCAACAAAUGUUUGGAAUGUUCCACUUCAUUUGUAAAUUACUUAUAACUGGAGGUUUUAUGCACAUUUUGUCCCAUGCAGUCCAAGAAAAGUUACACAUAUCAUUAUCAUUAUGAAUUAUCCUCCCUCAAUAAACUUUUCCCACCAAAGUUGACAACAAAUAGUAAUGAGGUUCAAGUCAAAGGGAGAUUGCAGCUGGUUUUUUUCAUAUUGAUUACAACAAAAUGUACAAAAACAUAAAAUCGUUGGAAGAAGCUGCUAUUUUUUAGUUUGUACUUGUUUUAUAAUUUAAGAGACUGCUUUGAAUUUUCCCAAGGUCUUGUGACCUUAAAUUUCAAAACAUUGCAGAGGGCUUAAAAUUAAUAUCAAUGGUUUGUAAAUUUUAAGUGUUUAAAUUGUUAGCUUUGAAACAAACACAUAUAUUUAAAACUGUUAAUGUGUGUUCUUAAAAAAGUUGCUAAUCAUAAAUUCAAACAUUGACUUUGACAAAUUUACAAACACAUAUUUCAGUAUCUUCACCAUCAUGAUGUAGUUCAUAGAGAUUUAAAGGUAAUUAAUAUAAAUGAUUUACACAAUAACCAUAAAUUCAAGUUUAAAUUCUCAUUAAUAAAAUUAUUAAUUUUGAAGAUUAGAAUUUCCUACCCUCUCACAACACCAGUCAUAUUUAUUAAGAUCAAGCCACAUUUAAAUUUGUAAUUUUUUAGUGUACCGUACAGUUUAUGUAUUAUUCUAUAAAAUAUAGUGAGAGUAUCAUUAACUUAUAAUAUUUUCAGCCUGAAAACAUUUUAUACGAAAAUCUUUCACAAGAUUCCAAGUUAAAAAUUGGUAAGGAUUUUUACAUUUGAUUUACUUUAUGUUAUCUCAAGUAGAUCUAAUAUUUAUUUUUUUUGUUCAAAUAUAUUGAAACCCUGUGAUUAUGCAAAUUUUGAUAUAACAAGGUCAUGGAAUGGCUCCUGACAUUUCAUAUACUCAUUCACAUUAAUAUUUUAACCUAAUUGUGUGGAUAACAUGGCAUCUGGAUUUAAAUAUAACAAGAUCUUGAAAUUUAUGUACUUCUUCUUAUUUUUCUUGCAUCCCAUUUUUUUACAUUAGACAUGAAUACACAUAUAGUUUCUUGGAAAAGUAAAAUAUUUAUAACCUUGCCUUUAGCGAUGUUGUUAUUAAUUUAAUCCCAUAUUAUGGAUCCAAAUUAUUGUGUUAUAGCAAGGAUUCACUGCAAUUAAAAAAAAUCCUCUGAUCUGGUCAAAAGAUGCAUUGCUAUUUUCUUUUUCAGCUGAUUUUGGCCUAUCGACAAUAGUUAGUAACAAAGUGUCUUUAGUGACUGUAUGUGGAACACCAGGCUAUUGUGGUAAAUUAAGUCUUCUUUAACUUUGAUGUUCAGUGGGUCCAUAAACAGCAAUACCAAACCCCCCCCGCAUUAAAUUAAAAAUAAAUAAAUCCAUAAUCAAUUUUUGUGCAUUAAUUAUUUAGGAUAUAAAUUAUAGAAUUUGACAGUGCAGUACAAAUAUCACUUUUGGCUGAUAUUUUCAAGAGGCAUUAUUUCAUUUGUAUGUUUAUUAAUAGCUAUGCACUCUAUUUUCUUAUCUGCAUUAUAAAUAAAUAUGUAUAAUAAUUCAUUACAGCUCCCGAAGUAUUAAAAGGAGAAAAAUAUCAUAAAAGCUGUGACUUGUGGAGUGUGGGAGUGAUUAUAUAUAUAUUGUAAGUAUAAAAGAAAUAAAACUAUUGUGGGAAGAAGUUGGGAAUACUCAUUUUAAAAUUGGGUAUUUUCUAACAAUUGUUGCACACCUAAUAUUGUGUUUAAUUAUGCGUGUGUUUUGAGAGAUGUUUUAGUGAAUGAAUGCUUUUCCCCCGCCAUUAAGUCGGUGACCUGGAUAUUUAUUUUAAUUAUGACUAUUGUCUAGACCAAUGCUGUUCAACCCACGGGCUGCAUGCUGAUUUUAUAUGGCCCGCCCCAGCCUGAGAAAUUCUUAUAAAGUGUGUAGACAGCGACGAGGCCAUGACAGGCAAUUCAGACACUCAUUUGUGUCUAUUGCCUCAAGCCUUCAAACCCCCAGUGCAUGAUUCCCUCACAAAGUGGCACUGGAAAUCAUUGAAAUGUCCUCAUCAACACCAGGCACAGAAACAUUGCAAAUCCCCUCUACAUGCAUAGGAGCCAAAAUGAUAAAUAAAUUGAUCGUGGGCCCUUAAUAUAUAGAAGAAGAAGAAAAAAAAAAAAUGAUUUUAGGGUGAAAAUAUUUUCAAACCACAUUCUUUGAUUCAGUUUUGUUUGGAAAUCACAUUAGAGCAAAGGAGAAGUUGUAACAUGGAAAAGUGGGAGGUUACACAAAUUAUGGCAUCAAAUGGCUUGACAGGAACCAGUAGUGUUGAGGACAUCAGCAGAGCAACCAUUUGGGAACCUGGAUGACAUAAAAAUCGGAAACUAUCUCUUCUCUGUCUUCCUGUUGCUUGUAUAAGGGGGCAUCACGUGGUUAUCUAGUAUCAGGUAAAAUUACUAGACUAGUGGCAUUGGGAAAGAUACUUUUGGUUUCUCUAUUCAGCUUGAUGUGUACCGGUAGCUAUUUAGUCAUUGUAAAAAUGUAAUGCCCCCACCAACGGGACCAACUUAGAUGAAAUAGAUAGUGAGCAUAGUGAGUUAACUACUGCCAGGAAAGUCUUCAGGUCAGAGUAAUCGAGAUGGGAGAAAAGGUACUAAAGGUGUCACAAUAGAAUGACUACAGUGGACAGUGUGAAUCAUUUAUUGACCAUCUUAUUUAAAUAGGAAGUCUAGCCAGGUAUGGGAGUGUGUGUGUCCAUCCUGUAUUGUUGUAACGUUGGGGACAAGAACCUGGUAUUUAGAGAUCAAAGUAUGUGUAGGAAGCAGGAUAAAAGCUAUGAUUGCUUGUAGAAAGUACAAUUCAUUCAGGGAGGAAUCGUGUGAGACAGUAGGAAUGAUUCUUGAAAAGUAUUUUUUAUAAACAAACUUAAGAAUGUGUGGCCAAAUAAAUUCUGGAUGACGUUUACGUUUCUUCUGUUGAAUUUCCACAACUAUGGAAUUGUAACAAAAUGUUGACCAUGUUUUUGGAAGCAGCCUACAUUUAAUAAAGCUGGAUUCUCUGUAAUGAACAACAUCCAAAAAUGUAACAUUUUGACUGGUUAACAUUUAAAAAAUCAAUUGAGGCCAGGUGCUAUUGGUAACUAUCUCAAAUUAAGAAAAUUACAAGUACAAUUCAAAGCAAAAUAUUUAAUUAAAAGGGCUAUAGUUUUUAUUUGCUUUAUUUAUAUUCUUGAUGAGCCGAUAAUACUAUUGGAUAUAUGACUCUAUGCAUAAGGUAAGAAGUAUUAAUAACAUGAAUAUUUUUCUAUUGAGAUGUCAUUUGCGGCCUUUGAAAAAAUUUUUUUGGCCUACAUAGUAAGGGUUGGACAGCACUGGUCUAGACUGUCUUUGGCAUACUUGCAUUUUCGUUGAGCAGAGGAUGAGAGAACUUGGUACUGAAAUGUUGUCUCAGCCUUAUCCUCCUACUUAUACAGAGCUGUGUUAGGCAUGUGUUUAAUUCAUUGUACAGCCUGAUAGAUAUGUUUAUGGAUUUAAAUAUACAUUGCCAAUGGAAGAGGACUUGUGUUCAAUGGGGUGAAGGUGUAAAAGAAUUUGAUGAAAGAAACCAUUAAAAUACAGAUAAGUCCAAUAACUUAAAAAUUACUUAAUUUCUUCCAUGAAAUAUCUCUUAAUCCAAUUAAAAAAAUAACCAGUUGAAUAGGGUGAUCUAGAUGCAAAUUAUGUUUGUUAUCGGUAAUCAUUUUUAAAGAUACAUUUUUAAAAACUGUGUGUGACAAAAUGGUUGUUAAAUAUUUUCUAAUUAAUUAAUGAUUAGCUAAAAUUUGUCGAAGGAGUUAAGUUAAAGCCUGGAAGAAGGACUAGUUAAUACUUAAUAAAAUUUAUGAAUAUUUAGGAGUGAGCAUCAAUUUCUGUUGAUAGUUUUACAGCACAUAAGUUACAUCAUUCUUCUUGAAAUAUGAAUUGGAAAUUAAUGAAACUCCUGCAUUUACUUUUUUGUGUUUUUUUAAAAGGCUUAACUUUAGGGUGGUUAAAAUUUCAGGUUUCUGGAAUUGAAAUUUAGAAAAAAAUUCAUCUGGUUAAUAAUGGAUACAGAAUAUUAACUCAUACUUUAUUUCAGGUUGUGUGGGUAUGAACCAUUUUAUGCUGAAAAUGAAGCCGAGAUGUUCAAAAAGAUUUUGAAAGCAGAUUAUACAUUUGAUUCUCCAUGGUGGGAUGAUGUCAGUGAUAACGCCAAGGUCAAUACUACAUAAAAACUUGUUUUUUACAACGGAAAUGUCAAAUCUCUUUUGAUAUCUCUUUUAAUCCAUGUUUUCUAUUUACAUUUCAUAUUAUAUGGUUUCUCACAUUGAUACCAGUUUUAUAUGAUUCUGUAGCCUAAAUUUAAAUAACUAUUAAAAUUCAAGUGGAAUACAGGCCAUCUGUUAAUUCUAUCAAUUCUGCUCUGUCUGUCGCCAUCCUCUGAAUGUCUCUCCAUCCCAUUCCCAUCACAAUUUUUUCAUGUUCCAAAGAAAUUUGUUAGACGGAAAAUUGCUUACUGGUAUUUGUUGGAAUGGAAGUUUAUCAUUUGUUUCUCUUACUUAAAUUGUUAUUUUAAAAUGCUUAGAUUUAGUUUAAUUGUUUUAUAAAAAUGGCUGUGGAUUCAAAAUUAUAUGUUUCUGAUAUAAAUUCUCACAAAAUACUUCAAGACUAAUUUGGACAUUGAGAAAAUUUAAAACAUCACAACUCAAAAUAAAAUAUUGUAAAGGCUAUCGUUAAAAAUUAGAAUUGAUUUGACCUUUUGUCAGCCUAAUAUUUUCUGAUCUACAAAACAAAACAAGGAUGAUGUAGUAUAACCAUGAUAUAACUUAAGAAGGAGUCAUAGAACUAUUUACAGUAUAUUGACAUAUGUCCUGAUUCAUAGGAUUUAGUAAGAAAACUGCUUGUGCUAGAUCCAACUAAGAGAUUGACAGCAACUGCGGCCUUAAAGCAUGUAUGGGUAACAGGAAUUGCUAACAAGAAAACACAUAAAGAGGAUACAAUUGAGAGGAUAAAAGAAUUCAAUGCCAGAAGAAAACUCAAGGUAAACAGGCACAGUGAACAAACAGAAUCUUUUCUUAAAUUAUAUUUCAUCAAAUUUAUAAAUCAUUUUCUACUCAAUGUACACACAAGAUAAUUUUAUAUUAAAUUUAAAUACCAGUAACUCAAAAUUUAAUUUUAAAUAUUGUGUUAUUCAAUAUGUUGCUCUUAAAAUCAGAGUAAUUUAAUUGACUAUAGCUGAUUUUUUAAACAAAAUCUAUGAAGGUUUAAGAGCUUAUGAAAAAAGUAAAGAAUUGACAGUUUAGCUGUUUAAAUUUGACACAAAAUUAUUUAAUAUUUCUAAAGUUUGCAACAGAUGCACUUAUGGCAGUGGCUGGAGCAACUAAGAGGAUACCUUUAUUUCAACAGCGGGCUGCAAAUCCAGCCUUGGAAAAUCCACAUGGAGAACAAAUGGAGACUAACUAAGAGUAUCUUUUAAAAAAAAAAAAUGUAAUGGUGUGAGUUCAAUUUGUUAAAAAUGCCAGAAUUAACCGAUUAACCCUUUUUGUAAAUUACUAUAUUACAACCCAUCAGCGUUAAAAUUUACUGAUGUUGUGAGCGCUAAAUUUAAGUUGAACAUUGGUGAUUUUUUUUUUACUUGGUUUCUAGCAUUAAUUAACAGUAUACAUAAAUUUAGAAUCAAGUAAGUUUUACAUUUUAAUUUGUAAUACUGUACUUGAAAUGAAACUUAAUUUUUAACAUUAUGAGUAUGUAAUAUUGGUAUUAGCAAAAAUGUUGAAUAUUAUUAAGUAUUAAUAUAAUAUUUAAUCUUGUUUUUCAAUAUAGUUGUGAUCUUUCCUUUUUGCUUUGUAUUUGUUAAAAAGUGGCUCUGUGGUGGAUUUGUUCAUUCUCUAAAUUUGUUAAGACACAUCCACUCUGAUCUUUUGCAGUUACCUAAUGCUCUUUCAUAUUUAUGAAAGUAUUGAUUUUUUGGCAAAAUAAUUGAAAAUUGAGCUACUGACAGUCUUUAUGAGCUGUACAGAUAAUUCAAUGAAACACAAUGUUACAAUGAAUACAACUUUUAAGAAAUGUAUGAUAGUGCAAGAUUUUAUUGCUUAAGGUUUAUUUAUUUUUUUAAAACAGAAUUAUUAUGUAAUUUAAUUUUAACAUGAUGUAUAUUUAAAAUAUUCAGUACUUAUAUUUCAUAAAUCAGGGGUAGGGAUACUUCGGCCUUGACCUCCUAACUUCAAGGUCUUCAAAUACAGUCUUUUGACUGAAUCUAAAUUUUACAGAACGAGUCCUUUUUACUUAUUAGUUUUCCAUGUGCCAUAUACAUAAACAAAUUCCUGGAUUAUUUUUAAUAGCAUUUUAGAGCAUUUUUACAUGUACCCUGAUUUAUCAAAUUUGUAAUAUAAUUUAUGCUGGCAGACUUUUCUAGAGUAUGUCUUUACCACCUCCACUACUUGUUUUUUUAUCAGGAAUUGCUAUUCACAAAACUUUUAGAUUAUAAUAAAAUAUAUGUGUAUGUUCUUUUAUUAAUAAAAAUGACACAAUUGACAAAUAGUUUUAAUUAAUUAAAAAAACAUAAUAUAUAC